AUGGCCACCCGUUUCGUGCUCCCCGCUCAGCGUGUAGCGGUUGUCACAGGUGGCGCACAAGGCCUGGGGAGGAGCAUCGCCCUCCGUCUUGCUCGCGAUGGCCACGACGUUGCCAUUGCCGACGUUCGUGAGAGCACGGCGAGAGAAGUGGCGCGGGAGGUCCGAGCCCUAGGACAACGUUCUUUGGCGUUGUGCGCGGAUGUAAGGAGGGAAGAGGAGGUUGAGAAGAUGGUUAAGGACGUCGCGGAGAACUUAGGGAGUGUUGACAUCAUGGUCGCCAACGCUGGGAUCGCAAAAGCGGGACGCUUAUUGGCUACAAGCCUUGACAAUUAUCAAGACAACAUGACAGUCAACGCACAGGGGGUCUUCCUUUGCUACAAACAUGCGGCUCUCCGAAUGAUCGAGCAGGGCCGCGGAGGGCGGAUCAUCGGUGCAAGCUCGGUAUCUGGAAAGAUAGGGGAUCCAGAUCAUCUGGCGUAUACCGCUAGCAAGUUCGCAGUGCGAGGUAUGACGCAGGCCGCAGCACUUGAGCUGGCUCAACACAAUAUUACCGUGAACGCUUACGCUCCGGGCGCGAUCGAUACAGACAUGCUCCGUAACACCUUCAGUACAGUCAAAGGUCUUCGAGAGCGCAUCGCAGCGGCCACACCCGUCGGACGACUAGACGGCGGAUUCGUUACUGGGCAGACCAUCAGCAUUAAUGGUGGUAUGCACUUCGAUUAG